CAGGACAGCACAGGACAGGACAGGACAGGACAGGACAGGACAGGACCAGAGACCCCCAUGCACUGCACGAGAGCCUGAGCCUGAGCCUGCACCCACAUCUCUCCGGCAUAUCCACGGCUCAACUCCAGGACGGGAACAAACAGCAUUGACAGCACUCCACAAAUACACCAGGAAUACACGAAAAUACCGAACCGGCCGAGAACCCAAGUCGAUUUUGUGGCCGAAUUUAAUUAAUUGUUAGGUCACUUGCACUUGCAAUUUUCGGUCACGUUACAACCAUACUAUUCUGCCUGCAGCUGCACUCCUUUGGCACUCACCUUCGACUAACCAAUAGUCUUUUUUAGAAGGCGAAGGAGUAGGUAGGUAGGCAAGCCAGCACAACCGUGUACGACCAAUCAGAGGCCACAAACCACAACUCAGCUCAAAGAAACAUAUCCCCUUCCAUUUGCAUUGCCCUUGCUCUCGUCAUUUGACAACAAGCAUUCAGAGGAAGGACAAAAGGCCCAGAUCGACACCAACAUCUUUCCUUUAUCUGUUGAUUCGCCCCCCCACAGUCUACUCAACUUGCAGCAAAACCAAAUCAUCGCGACUGCGGUCUCAAAUUCUUUAUGGCGUGUCCUACCAUCAACCGAAAUUCUUCCUAGACUUAGAGGUGACGCGUUGGACGUGGUAAGAAAGAAAGAUGGCUUCGAGACUGGACCGACUCGUCACGUUGCUUGAGACAGGAAGCACACAACUGAUCAGAAACACAGCUGCCCAGCAAUUGGCUGAUGUCCAGAAGGCACAUCCCGAAGAGCUCUUCAACCUCCUCACCCGAGUAGUUCCGUAUCUCCGCCACAAGACAUGGGACACUCGGAUAGCAGCUGCCAGGGCACUAGGCGGAAUUGUCGACAAUGCAGAAAAAUAUGAUCCAAAUACGGGUGAUGGAUCGGCGAAGAGCGAAAAGAAGGAAGAAGACCAUCCUAUCAAAAAAGAGGAGCCGGUAGAUGACCUACCAUUUGCCGAGGGUCAAUUGAGUCUCGAUACUCUCGACCCCGUGCCUAUCCUCAAAUAUGGAAAAGAGCUACUUCGAGGUGCCGGCAAAGACCUUGACUACGCGCUCGCGACACUCGAUCCGGCGCAGCGACUCGAGCACCAGAAGAAGACUCUGGCCGGUCGAUUAGGUUUGUUGGGCGAGUACCUUGAGGAAGAUAUGGAAAUCGACUUCCCUCCACCUAAACAAAACGGAGCACCUACCCCAUCAAUCAACACCUCAAAUGGAUAUGGCAACGGUGCUAAGCAACCUGACACUCCCUCGGAAGAGUCAGGCUUGAGCGCACGUCAGCUAAAUCAAUUGAAGCGCAAGAGGAAACGGGAAGCCCAACAUGCCGGAAGCAAGAGUAGACUGGUUGACUUGUCAAUUCGACGCUCGAGCACCAUGGCAUCCGUGGAACUUGGCGCUGAUACCACCAUGUCAGACAUCGUAGAUGAUUCUGCCGCAAACGGCAAUGGUGUCUCUGACUACUUCAAUUUAGACAGAAGUUCAGAAGUCGACGAAGACAGCAAAGUUAUCUCCGAAUUUAAAGGCCCAGUCCUCCCGAUCAAAUCUGAACUUCAGACGGAAGAAGAGGCGGACGGUGGUGAGUGGCCAUACGAACGCUUGUGCGAAUUUCUCAUGGUUGAUCUUUUCGACCCUCAAUGGGAGACUCGACAUGGUGCAGCUAUGGGUUUGAGAGAGAUUGUUCGAGUCCAUGGCGGUGGGGCUGGCCGCGUUAGAGGAAGAAGUCGCCCAGAGAAUGAUACGCUUAAUCGGAGAUGGCUGGACGAUCUUGCUUGCCGAUUAUGCUGUGUCUUUAUGUUGGAUCGAUUUGGUGAUUAUGUUUCUGACACAGUAGUCGCACCUAUUCGCGAGACCGUUGGACAGACGCUAGGUGCACUGCUCAUCCAUCUUCCCCCAACUAUCGUCUAUGCGGUCCACCGGAUUCUUCUCCGGAUGGUGAUUCAAGAUGAUCUCCAAUUGACGAAGCCUGGAUGGGCUAUUUGUCAUGGUGGCAUGAUUGGACUGCGUUACUUGGUGGCUGUUCGCAACGAUCUUUUACUAAAGGACAGUGAUUUGAUCGACGGAGUCAUCAAGGCGGUUAUGAAGGGUCUUGGAGACUGGGACGACGACGUGCGCUCGGUCAGUGCAGCGACGCUCAUCCCGAUCGCCAAAGAAUUCGUCAACCUACGCCCCGAGGCAUUGGAUGGUCUCAUCAAUAUCGUCUGGGAGUGUUUGUCAAAUCUUGGCGAUGACCUCAGUGCUAGUACCGGUCAAAUUAUGGAUCUUCUCGCCAAACUCUGCAGUUUUCCCGAAGUGCUCGAGGCAAUGAAGCAGAAUGCGGCUCGAGAUUCAGAACAGUCUUUCGCUCUUCUAGUCCCACGACUCUACCCAUUCCUCCGACACACAAUCACAUCCGUUCGAUCAGCUGUGCUGAGAGCGCUCAUGACAUUUGUCAACAUUGAGGGAGCCGGCACUCGCGAUUGGCUGAAUGGUAAGAUCCUUCGACUUAUCUAUCAAAAUAUUUUGGUCGAGCGAAAUCCAGACACUCUCAACCUCUCAUUACAAGUCUGGACAGCGUUGGUACAAUAUCUUGCCAAGGACCCAGCAGAUCUUGCGGAACAAUUUUCAGCACAUGUUGAUCCGCUCAUGCAACUGACUCUUCACCCUAUUGGCGUUUCUCGACAUCCAUUACCGAUGAAUGCUACCCUUUUCCAAAAGCCCUCCGGAAGCACAUACUCAAUGCCUAGUGGGCUUGUGCCCACUCCGACACGUCCCGCCUCGCCGCCAUCUGCGUCAGAACCUCCGCCGAAGAAGCAAAGACGAAAAUCGACCAAGAAUCUGGAGCCUGUCCCAACAUCUUCAUCGCAUGACGUGGACGGCCAUAUGAUGCAAGGUGACGUCGAUCUUGUGGGUAUGGAUAUUUUGAUCAGAUCUCGCGUUUCAGCAGCCCGAGCUAUGGGUUUGAUCAUGUCGCUUGUGCCAAGCAGCCAUCUCGAAGCCUACGAUGCCAGCAUCAUCCCUGGUUUAUCAUCCGCUUUCUCCUCCACACAACUUACAGCCGCAUUGGUCAUUGACGAGUACGCAAAGAACUGCACCUCGAAGGAUCAAGCAGCGAGAUUCGUCAACUCUCUGCAAAGAAUCGUAGAAAAUGAGCGACCAUCACAUUACCGCGAUCUCGUGAGCUUCACGCAGCUUGUCCGGGCACAGUGCACUCAAUUACUCAAUACCUUCCGUGAUGUUGGCAAAGUCCCACAAGGCAAAUUACCGGUUCUUGCAGUUGUCGUUCAGGGCGAACCAGAAGCAGGGCCUGAUGCAUUCUCAAUACAGACUGCCGACAAGGUUGUCAAUGAUGACUUUGAUAGGUUGAAGAAAGCUAUGCCACCCAGCCAACGGUUGAUCUCGACACAGUCUCUGACCGAGGCCAGAGAUAAUGUCGCCGAAGUCAUUGAAAAUGCCAAAGCUAUAAAAGAGCAGCGUGAUAUUCGAAUUAAAGCUGCAGCCGCGAGUGCUUUGGUGGCAAUGAAGUUCUCACCGAAGAAGCCUACUCACAUUAUCAAGGGGAUGAUGGACAGCGUAAAGAAGGAAGAGAAUGCUGAGCUGCAGCAAAGAUCUGCAGCAUCGAUUGCAAGACUGGUGGAGCUGUUUGCUGAUGGAGGAAGGGCUGCUCCAGCACAAAAAGUCGUUUCGAACCUGGCAAAAUUCAGUUGUAUUGACACAUCAGAAACUCCCGAAUUUACACCAAACGCAGGCUUCACAAGUGCUAUCCUGUCUCUCCGGAAGGAAGAAGAUCGACGAGAUCACCCUGAUGCUGCAAAGUUUGCUCUCGAAGCAAAAAAUGCGCGAAUCAUUAGAAGAGGUGCAAAGGAAGCUUUGGAGCAGUUGUCAAGUAUUUUUGGUGCCAAUCUUCUUGAGAAAGUGCCAACACUCAAGAGUAUCAUGGAGGAUCCUCUCACACAUGCAUUCGCGGGAGAUCUUCCAGAAGACACCAAGGACCCAGAGAAAGAGACCGGACAGGCUGCUGUGGACGGAAUGUCCGUUCUUCGGGCGUUGACUCCUACCUUACACAAGGACUUACAUCCAUUCGUCAUCCGACUCUUGCCUUUGGUCAUCAGAGCGUUGCACUCAGAAUUGUCGGUCUUCAGAUAUAUGGCUGCGAAAUGUCUUGCAACUGUGUGCAGUGUCAUAACAGUUGAGGGUAUGACGAUGCUUGUCGAAAAGGUCUUACCAUCCAUCAGCAACCCGAUUGACUUGAACUUCCGCCAAGGUGCCAUUGAAUCGGUAUACCAUCUCAUUCAUGUCAUGGGUGACAAUAUCCUACCAUAUGUCAUCUUCCUCAUCGUACCUGUUCUCGGUCGUAUGAGUGAUUCUGAUAACGAUGUUCGUCUGAUCGCGACCACGACGUUUGCUACCCUCGUCAAGCUUGUACCGCUUGAGGCAGGUAUUCCAGAUCCUCCUGGUUUAUCUCAAGAACUGUUGAAGGGCCGUGAUAGAGAACGGACGUUCAUCGCUCAGCUAUUAGAUCCCCACAAAGUCGAGCCAUUCACCAUCCCAGUUGCUAUUAAGGCAGAACUUCGCUCCUACCAACAGGAAGGUAUCAACUGGCUGAACUUCCUGAACAAGUACCAUCUUCAUGGCAUUCUUUGCGAUGAUAUGGGCCUUGGAAAAACGUUACAAACGCUUUGUAUCGUGGCAAGUGAUCAUCACAAUCGAGCCGAGGAAUUCGCCAAGACAGGAUCCCCUGAUGUACGAAGGUUACCGUCGCUCAUUGUCUGCCCGCCGACGUUGUCUGGUCACUGGCAGAUGGAGAUCAACACGUAUGCGCCGUUCCUUACCUGCACAGCAUAUGUUGGACCUCCUGCAGACCGAGCCCGACUUCAAGAUCAGCUUGGCAAGACAGAUAUCGUUAUCACAUCCUACGAUAUUUGCCGUAACGAUGCUGAGAUCCUUACCGCCAUGAAUUGGAAUUACCUUGUUCUUGACGAAGGUCAUUUGAUCAAGAAUCCUAGAGCGAAGGUCACAAUUGCAGUAAAGCGUCUUCUGAGCAAUCACAGACUUAUCCUCUCUGGCACGCCUAUUCAGAAUAAUGUCUUGGAGCUCUGGUCCCUGUUCGACUUCCUCAUGCCCGGUUUUCUUGGAACAGAAAAGGUGUUCAUGGAUCGCUUUGCCAAGCCUAUUGCAGCCAGUCGAUACAGCAAAUCCUCUUCCAAGGAACAAGAAGCCGGUGCUCUCGCUAUCGAAGCCCUUCAUAAGCAAGUUCUUCCAUUCCUCUUGCGUCGUCUCAAGGAAGAAGUGUUGGACGAUCUGCCUCCCAAGAUCCUUCAGAACUAUUACUGUGAUCUCAGUGAGCUCCAGAAGAAGCUUUUCGAAGACUUCACCAAGAAGGAAGGCAAAACUCUUGCUGAGAAGGCCUCGGCUGGUGACAAGGAAGCCAAGCAGCACAUCUUCCAAGCUCUACAAUACAUGCGCAAGCUCUGCAACUCCCCUGCUCUCGUCAUGAAGGAAGGUCACAAGCAAUACGAAGAAACACAAAAAUUCCUCGCCAAAUCAGGCAGCAGUCUCCGUGAUCCCGUCCACGCCCCAAAGCUCACAGCCCUCCGCGAUCUUCUCAUAGACUGUGGAAUCGGCAACGAGCCAUCUUCCGAUGAAGUCACCACCGAAACGUCCUACGUCUCGCCGCAUCGUGCUCUCAUCUUCUGCCAGAUGAAAGAAAUGCUUGAUAUGGUCCAGAACGACGUCCUCAAGAAGAUGCUUCCAUCCGUCCAGUUCCUCCGCAUGGACGGUUCAGUCGAUGCCUCGAAGCGUCAAGAUAUAGUCAACAAAUUCAAUUCCGAUCCAUCCUACGAUUGUCUCCUCCUAACCACCUCAGUCGGUGGUCUAGGUCUCAAUCUGACUGGUGCCGAUACCGUCAUCUUCGUGGAACAUGACUGGAACCCACAGAAGGAUUUGCAGGCUAUGGAUCGCGCACAUCGUAUUGGUCAGAAGAAAGUUGUUAACGUGUACCGCUUGAUCACUCGCGGGACGUUGGAGGAGAAGAUCAUGUCCCUCCAACGCUUCAAAAUCGAUGUCGCCUCCACAGUCGUCAACCAACAAAACGCCGGCCUCGGGACCAUGGAAACAGACCAGAUCCUCGAUCUCUUCAACCUCGGCGAGACAGCAGACGGGAUCGAUAAACCUAGCCUCAAUGGCGGAGCGGAGGGUGAGAGAGAGGAGGAUAUGGUGGAUGCUACUGGGGAGGUCAGGGAGAAGGGGAAGAAAGGGUGGUUGGAUGAUCUGGGUGAACUGUGGGAUGAUAAGCAGUAUGAGGAGGAGUUUGAUUUGCAGGGCUUCUUGGGGAAGAUGAAGUAGUUUGGAGGGAAAACGACAGAGAGGGGUGGUGGUGAAGUGUGGAAGAUGAAAAGUUUUGGGGCGUGUUGCAUAGCAUGGCUGGAUGGUUGGGUGGGUGGAUCGGAAGGCGUUUUCAUUUUCUUGCUUUCUGUUACUGUUUGAUGUCUUACAUUUCUCCUCUUUUUUCUUCCUCUACUUCAUCUGCAUUUCUUGUUACGUGUUCGAUUCAUUAGGUUGGUGGGUCGUUUCCACCCUUGCUCUAAGGAAGGAGGGAUAGAAAAGAGAGAAGCGGAGAGGGAGAAGAGACAAAGGAGAGGCGAUGUGCAUUGUAUAUUGUACGAUUAGAUAGUUGGGCAUUGCAUCUUGCGUGCAUGCGUGCAUAGUGAGCGGGAGAAGGAGAAUUGAGACUGAGAUGGAAGACUUGAUCGAUACAAGCAAUUGUCUUUUUUUGUUGUGUUCGUCCUUGUGAAAUACCAUUUUGGCAUACGAUGAAGGUGCGAAGCCAUUAUGGCAAAGCUGAAGCUGAUGCGGAAGCUGACCUCUGCGUGUCUGCUUGUUUUUUACGUUACACAUCUUAAAAGGGAUUUGAGUGAGGUGAUACCGAUGGGGGCCUAGGAAUAUGCAUCCAGCAUCAGAACCACGCUCCUACUAACGGUAUCCGAUAAACAGAGCUUAACCCACUCGGAGAGGUUGUAAAUAGGCUCGUGAGGUUACUGUACAAAAUAUGGUAGUUACCAAGGCUUAGUAUCUGAUGCAUCUGCUGGUUCCUCGCUUAUUCUUCUUGGCAUGUUUACUUUCACUCUGUCAUGCACCUAAGUGAAUAAAAUCACGAUCAAACUUCUAAUUGUACCACAUCCAUUCUGCGACAUCGAGAAG